UUGACUCCCAGCGUCCUCUGCGAGGCUCAAGAGGUCUAGGUGGUAAGAGCACCGUGUCGGGGCAAAACGGCCGCUAAGGCCGUAGAGAACUGGCCCUGGCACAAUGGCAGCGUGUGAGGAGGCACCUGAGGCCUUGAAAGACCAGCUGGACGUUGCGCGUGGCCUUGAAAAUCUGCCCGUGAGCGCCUGGCCCCCAGGGGCGGAGCCUGAGCCCUUUCAGUAUACUCCUGAUCAUGUGGCUGGGCCUGGAGCAGAUACAGAUCCCUCUCAAAUAACCUUUCCUGGAUGUGCUUGUCUCAAAACUCCCUGCCUCCCUGGUACUUGCUCCUGCCUCCGUCGUGAGAAUAACUAUGACGACCAUUUAUGCCUCAGAGAUAUGGGAUCAGAAGCAAAGUGUGCUGAGCCAGUUUUCGAAUGCAACGUCCUGUGUCAGUGCGGCGACCACUGCCAGAACAGAGUGGUCCAGUGGGGUCUGCAGUUCCACCUCCAGGUGUUCAAGACGGAUCACAAAGGCUGGGGACUUCGUACCCUGGACUUCAUACCAAAGGGACGGUUUGUCUGUGAAUAUGCCGGUGAGGUGUUGGGGAUCUCUGAAGUGCAGAGAAGAAUUCAGUUACAAACAAUACAUGAUUCGAAUUACAUUAUAGCCAUCAGGGAGCAUGUCUGUAAUGGGCAGGUAAUGGAAACAUUUGUGGAUCCUGCCUUGAUAGGCAACAUCGGAAGAUUCCUUAACCAUUCUUGUGAGCCAAACCUGUUGAUGAUUCCUGUCCGAAUCGACUCGAUGGUACCAAAGUUGGCACUUUUUGCAGCCAGAGACAUUCUGCCCGAAGAAGAACUCUCUUAUGACUAUUCAGGAAGAUUUCUUAAUCUAAUGAAUGGUGAAGACAAAGCAAGGUUAGAUAAUGGGGAAUUAAGGAAACCUUGUUACUGUGGCGCCAGAUCGUGUGCUGCGUUCCUGCCCUAUGACAGCUCCCUGUACUGCCCCUCGGAAAAGCCAAACACGAGUGAGGAAGGAAGAGCGUAGGAGAAAUGUGUCCGGCCUCACAGUGGAAGAGAACGAGCAGGAACCAAGCAUGUUGGCUCAGCUCUUCCUGGGUUCCCUUCUUAUAAGCAACUUGCCCUCGAGGUUGGUCUCUGCUCUCCAGAAAGCAGCUCACUCACCCCUUACUCUAGGGGAGCCCAGUGGUUGCCUGGCUGCGUAAGUUUAAUUUGGGAAUGU